GCAAUUAGCGUUUUCCAUUUUCGGCUCGCGCAGGUAUUUUUGACGAUGAAGGAACGGCGAUGAGUUAAAAGGCGUAGCGGCGGCUGAAGUAACUUUUCCACUGUUAUUUAGGUCAAUGAGAGGGGCGUUCCGUGUCGUUGCUCCGCUCUUUGCCGCUUCUUCCGCCGUUUCCUCCCGUCUAUCGCCGGCUCUUGCUCCUUUCCUUCCACGAAACCCUCCCUCCCCUCUCCGCCGCUUGUUUUCGGCCUUGCCGCCGAUGUCGAAUCACUCGCCGGCAGCGACUCCUCCCUCCGCAGCUGUUUCCCUUCUAGAGUCUUCCUCGUUUGAGAAGCAGUUCGAUGAUUUCCGCGUCCAGCUCGAGGAGUCGGGCAACGUUCGGGAACGCAUCCGCGCGGUCGUGAUGGAGCUCGAGGCCGCUGUCCGGCUAAUGCAUUCCAGUCUUCUCCUCGUCCAUCACACAGCUCCCAACUCAGAAGUAUUGGACAAGGCUAGGGCUCAGAUCGAAGUGUUGAAGGGAGUAUUCCAUAAGCUUACUGAUAUUCUGCGUGAAUGCCCCGGACAGUAUUACAGGUAUCACGGUGAUUGGAGGAGUGAGACACAGACAUCAGUAUCACUCAUCGCAUUCCUUCACUGGUUGGAAACUGGCAAUCUUCUUGUACAUGCGGAAGCUGAGAAAAAACUUGGAUUGGACAAUUCCGAAUUUGGUCUGGACAUUGAAGAUUAUCUUAUCGGAUUAUGUUUCAUGUCCAAUGAAUUGCCAAGAUAUGUGGUCAACCAGGUAACUGCUGGGAACUAUGAUUGCCCAAGGAAGGUGCUUAUGUUCUUAACUGAUCUUCAUGCUGCUUUUAGAAUGCUUAACCUGCGAAAUGACUUUUUGCGGAAGAAAUUUGAUGGAAUGAAGUAUGAUUUACGAAGAGUCGAAGAGGUUUACUAUGAUGUGAAGAUCAGAGGACUAGGACCUGGGGACUCGAUACAGGAGCAGAACACCCAAGCUUAAUGGGCAAGUGAAAAUGAAGCUGCUUAAAAUUCAUGUUUCAGAUGUUUGUAUUUUGAUAAACAACGGGUGUUUUGGACGGAAGAGCAAGGAAUUACCUUUCUGGAGUUCUGAAAGAACCAUUCCAUGAGCAGAAUCAUCUUCUCGGUUAAAUCUAGUUCAACUGUUACCGUACGCUUUCCCUGUUUCUAGUGUUGUAAACUUCUCUUAUUUUAGAUAUAGCAACGCAGAGAAGUUAUGAUAUAUUUCUAUCAUGCUUAUCUCACCUGGGAAUGUGCUUUUGGUAUGGCUAGCCAUCUCAUGUUCUCAAAGCCAGAAGAGUUUCUUGGAUGUAAUAAUUUGAUGCUGCAUGUGCCUACUUCAUCGGUAGCGUAAGAUCGUAUCGUUUUUUA